UGAUGAACUUCGGUUUUUUCAACAUGGCCAAGUAACUCAGUUAUUUGCCCUUGUCCAGGGGCGACAAUUUUAGUUCUUGAGUAAACCCCUUUCUCCAAAUUUCUUGAUAGAUGUUCUCAUGGAUUAUAUAAUUGUUUGGCAACUGAUAUGGGACAAUUAUUGACGAAGAUUGAAAUAUAUAAAUGACGGAAAUACAACCUACAUUAAAAAUGCAGACAAAGCAACAAUAUGGCGGCUAGUAGUACUAGUUUUGAGAGGGAAGCGUGGCCGAGAUUUUUAUUUCCGUGGCGGAGUAAAUUCCCUUUGAUUUGUGAAACUAAUACGAACAAAGUUAAUUUUAUCAACGAAAAGAGCUGAGUUGGCAUGGAAGGAAUAGAAGAAACACAAACUACCGAGGCUGUUGCCACAAACGGUGGAUUUGGAGACACAGUAGCUCUGUCUGAUGCUCAAGUUAUUCAGACACAAGAAAUACCGAAAACUUUGAUGCAGGAAGAUGGUGGAAUGGAUUUGGCUGGUGGAGAUAUACAGCAUCAAUAUGUGGUAGUUGAUGCCAAUGGACAACCGACUGGAGAAGUUGUCACUGGAGAUCAUCAGAGUGGUGCAGUUGGUAUGGCAGCACAGACAGUAUUUGGUGCCGUCUCUGGAGUAGCUUUAGGUGGAGAAUCGGCAGGAAUGGCAGAAAACCAAAUAUUAACAGCCGACGGUCAAUAUGUAACAACUGUACCAGUUUCAGAAGGUGUUCAAGUUGCAUACACAGCUGAUGGGGAAGCCAUGGAGGUCAUUGCUUCAGAACAAGCAGGUGGAUUCAUGGAUCAAACAGGCUAUACAGUAGUAGAGACAGUCCCAGUAUCACAAGAUUAUAUAGUUACAGAAUCUGGCAGUGCAGAACCUCAGCAAGUUGUGUUGCAGACCUUGGGUGACUCUGAGGACACAUUGGAACAACAAGUUGCUCAAUCUUUAAAAGACAUGCAGUUUCAGGGGCAGGUGGUUAUUCAGAGACCUGAUGGUACUGAAGUCCAAGUUGCUGUUGGUGCUGGAAAUCAGAUUAUUUCCCAACCUGUUACUGUUGUGAGUUCAUCUCCAGCAACAACAUCAACUGUUUCAGCCACACAAGAAGAGGAAGCCUCUCAAGAAGAGGAAGCCUCUCAAGAAGAGGAAGCCCCUCAAGAGGAAGCCCCCCGAGAAGAGGAAGCCACACAAGAAGAAACUGUUAUAGAAACCCAGCAACACGAAGAACACUCUGAUGAAGAGACAGAAAUACCACCAGAAAAAAUUAAUUAUAAUUAUAGUGAUGAUGAAGAUGAGGAUAUUGUAAGCGGAAGCCAAAAGUUAAAACGUGGUGAAGUGAUUACAAUGGCUGACGAUGAUGGCGAGACACGUAUUAUCAGUUUAGAUGAUGAUGCUGACGACGAUGAGGAAAUGGAUGAAACUCCAGAUCAAUCCUUCAAUGAAUCCAAAACUGCUGAAGAGAUAAGGGAAGCUGUUAUGGAAAGAGAAACAGCCACAACUACUGGAGAUGAUGACGAAACUGUCCCGACCAUUAUUAAACCUGUUGUCGAAGAAGAAAUUAUUAAAGAAGAAGCCAUUCCACUAGAAGAAGAAAAAAAUAAGGAAACAGAAGAAUCCCCAAGAAAGAGGAGUGCCAGACAAGCAGCGAAGAAAGAUGCAGAUGUAGCUGAAGGUAAAGAAUCAGCUGUUGUAAGUUCUAAGAAAGGCAAGAAAGGGAAGUCAGUUAAAGAAGCUGAAGCAGAUGAAAUUAAUGUUACCAUUGAAGUUGAAGGGUCAGAGAAAAAAGGUCGUGGAAGGCCAAGGAAAGAGAGCAAGGAAGAGGAUGAACAAGCAGAAGAAACAGUCAAAAAGGGCAGAGGUCGUCCAAGAAAAGAAACUGUCGAUGAAGAUAAGGAGUCAGAACCGGAAGAAGUCAAAGGAAAAAGGGGAAGACCUAAAAAAGACACUGAAAGUGAGGAAACAGACACACCAAAAAGCACCAAGAAGCAAAAGGAUGUUAAAGAAACACCUGAAAGAAGAGGACGUACAAGAAAAGAGGAAACACCGCUUGAAGGUGAGAAGCCUAAAGGAAGAGGAAGACCUAAAAAAUCUGAGGAAGAUGUAGAACAGGAAGGAGAAGCUGAAAAACGAAAAUCCAAUGAUACAAUUCAGAAAGAAACUCCUAAAAGGGUCAGUCGCCGUUCUUUGAAGGGUGUUGAAAGUGAUGAAUCUAAUCCCACUUCACCAACAAAAAGUGUUAAAGCGAAGGAGGCUAAGACUAAACCAGUGGAAGAAGAAAACAAAGAAACUCCAAGAGGUCGAGGACGUCCUAAAAAGAAAAUUGAUAAUGAGGAGGAAGAGGCGCUUACACCAGUUCAAACACCAAUCAAAGUUGAAGAUUCUGGAAAUAAGAAAGGAAGAAAGAGAACAAGAGAUGAGUCAGAGGAAUCUCCAGAAAAGAUGGCAGCAGAAGAGCCUACUGCUCCUGAAACUCCUACUACACCUGAAACACCAGUUACUCCUGUCAAGAAAAAGUCAAAAGGUUCUGAAGUUGGCACUUCACCUCACAAUGUCAAAGAAGAACCAAUCUUUAUGGACACAGACAAUUUCAACACGCCAUCAAUGUCUCCGGCAAGACGUGGUCGAAGAACUCCCAGCACACCAGGCACCUCAAGUGACAUUUACAGUAUUGAUCAGAUUGAUGAAGAUGAGGAUGCUGUCAUGUCCUCACAAUCAACACAAACAGCUCAACCACCAGCUGACGAAGUUCCAUUUAUUGAAUUUGAAUUAGUUCAUGAAUCACCUGGCAAGAGAACUGUACAGACGCAGACUGACCCUCGACUCAAGAAAAAGAAGUUUGGUCCUCUGAAUGUGGAUCUAGAAGAUGAAGGUUUGUUUGAUGAUGAUGAUGAGAACCCAAAACGAAGACGAAGAGAAAAUGACAUUUCACUCUUUGAAGAUACUGAACCUAAGCGCAAGUCAAUCAAGAGAAAUACUGAGGAGGCCUUGAAAUGUCCUUUUUGUGAUCGAGCUUUUAUUGGUCUUGUGAAACACAUCAAAAGCAAGCAUCAGGAAGAAGCUGAUUACGACGAAGAGAUGAGAAAUGCCAAAUGGAGAGAAAGGAUCAUGAAGGUUUCCACCCAAGUAUCUGAGGAAAUUGGAGAGACUUGUACUGAAUGUGGUAAGCAAACCAAAAGUAUGAAACGCCACAUGGAGCUUCACCAACAGAACAGAAUGCAGAUUCCAUGUCCAAUCUGUGGGAAGGUGGUUCUCAAGACCGGUAUGAGUUCCCACAUGAGAACUGUCCAUUCGGGUCGUAAACCAUAUAAAUGUCCUCAUUGUGACUACUCUUCAGCCUUCAGAGGUAAUCUCAACACUCACAUCAAGGGAAUGCAUCUCCACACCAGGCAGUAUUUAUGUAGCGUUUGUAAAGCUGCUUUCAAAACUCUUGGAGCUUUGAUCGGACACACUAAGAGAGUUCAUGAAGGAUGGAAGUCGCCUAACCAGAAAAUCUUUAUCUGCUCAGUAUGUGAAAAAAGAUUCACCAAGAAAUACCAUGUUGAUCGUCAUAUGUUGAUUCAUACUGGAGAGAAACCACACAAAUGUACUGAUUGUGGUAGAUGUUUCAAUAACAAAUCCAACUUGAUGUCUCACAUUCAGCUUGUCCACAAAAAACUCUCUCCCUAUAUGUGCGACAUGUGUCAUGAAACUUUUAAACGAAAGAAGCUUCUCUUGGAACAUAUUGGUAAAGUUCAUGUGGCUCAUGGUGAAGCUGCUAAAGCUAUGCAAGCUUAUAUCAAGAAGAUUGAAGAGGAAGCUCCUGAUGAUCCUGAUGAGAUUGAAGAAUCGAUGGAAGAUGAGAAUGUAACAGAGAUGACGGAGGUGAAGAAUGAGGAUGGGACAACUACUGUAUAUGCAACAGUUCAAGAAGCUGAUUUUGCGACAGUUGUUACAGAUGCCGGUAUGCUACAAGGACAGACAUUCACCACUCUACAAACCGAUGGUGGUCAGGAGACUAUUAUUAUUGUACAAGCUGCAGAUGGUAAUGAUGUCACACACGCCAUUGUCCAGGAAGAUGGACAGCCAGUUCAGUUUGCCAUGCAACCAAACGUUGAGAUGCCAGCGACCAGCCAAGCUACAGAAAUAUUCACACAGAUGCAGAAUUAAGUUAAAUUGUAAAAAUGGUUGGCCUACAUUAAUCUGAGAUGGUAAAGAUGAUCAACUUAUUUGAGUUGGUAAAAAUUAUCCACUUAUUUGAGAUGGUAAAUCUGAUGUUGUAUACUAUUGUCAAAACCAGUGGAAAUAAAACACCUUGUAAACAUUCAGUCAGAUUAUACUCUCUACAUUCAGCUUAUUGUCCAUAGAUUAACAUUGUACAUAUUUACAUAUUGUCAAUUAUAUAAUCUACUACUUGCAUCAUGGCUUUUGAAGCUGUUUGAUCAUUUAUAUACAAGUCGAUCAUAAAAGUUGAGUAAAAUAUUUAUUGGGAAGAUUUUUCUUUUCCUCAUUUUGACAGGUAUAACUGAAAUCAAUAUAUAAUUGUGAGAUGUCUUUAAACUUUUAUCUAUGUGAAUGUUGCAUGUUACAAAACGCUUGAUAUGCUUACAUAUAAGACUCCUUGGGCAAAACUAAAUUGUAAAAUAUUUUUCAUUUAAAGUGUAAAGACUUUAUUUAUUAAUCUAUAUAAUAAUGUGAUAAUAAUUGUUGAUCAUUAUUGCUAUUUGUACAAUUAAAUAUAAAAAAGUCUGGGGUCGUGUCUUUAUUCAGUUGAAGAUUUCACUUUCCUAGCCAAUGAAAAUUAGCGGUGGUUUUAUUAAUAUAUUGUAGUUGUGAAUGAAUACUAGUCCAAAUUGUGCUCUUUGUUGUAUAGAGUGACCUAUAUAUGCCACCUAUAAGCAUGCGUUAUCUAAGAGCUAAAUCUGCCUAUUUACAGCUCUUUUUUUGGCUUUAAAUGUUAUAUAAAUUAUUUAGACAUUUAUUCAGAUGAUAAGCCUAUAAUCAACUCUCUAGCCUAUCGAUGGAAGAGAUUUCAAUGGAUUUGAACAUCCGCAAAAUUUAACAAUAAAAUGAAUAAUCUAUAAUUAUACGAUAAUAAACAAUCUACCUUACAUCUUUCAAACAGCCAUAAUAACUUCACCCAGAAUAAAGUAAUUUAAAUGAAAUUUUCAAUACAUUUCAUCUAUUUUUGAACUUUUAUAGCACGAAUGUCCAGUUCUUUAUCUAAAUCUUACAUAAUGCAUUACAUGUACUUUAAUUAAUAUUUUAUGAAUGAAGCUACUUAGUCAGUUAGAACGGAGACGGUGCAUUUAUUAUUUUAUGAAUGAAGCUACUUAGUCAGUUAGAACGGAGACGGUGCAUUUGUUAAACAUGAGCACAUAAUUUCACAAUAAGACAACAAAAGUGGUGUUUAGCAUUUUAUGUGAACAGUGGCUUGCUUUUAUAUCUAGUUUAUCAAACAUCAUUCAUUAAUUGAAAUAAUUAUAUUUAUAACAGGAUUAUUUGUAAGUAAUUUCUGUUUAUCUUAAAUUGCUAUUGAGAAAGCAUGAACACAAAAUUUUCUGUUACAUUUGAGAUAUGGUGAUUGUUAACAAAUGUUUUGAUGAAUGAGAUAUGUGGCCACUCUCUGCAAUAAUAAUUGUUUUAAUUAAGAAACACAAUAUUUUGUUCUGUGUUGGACAUUAUUAUAUUUUAAAAUCAAUUUGUUAAUAUUUCAUUUGUCUUUUUUUUUCUGUAUAAAACUUUAUUGGGAUGUAACUGUGUGUAGUAUGUAUAUAUGUAUGAAAUUUGUUUUCUUUUCUCUCUUUUUUUUAAAAUUCCAUUUGUUAAAAGAUUUAUUCCCAAUUAAUAAAAUGUCUUAUUCCAAUAUCUAUAAUCUUACAGUAAGUCAUCAGUGGUCUGAUGCCAGAAAUUCUGAAAUCAUGUUCCUUAUAUACUUGGGGCUGCUUUCAAUGUACACAUUUUGGCCGGUGAAAAAGUUGGUGUAAUGCUAAUGUAAUGGAACCCUUCACCUAAAACCGAUGAAAAUGUGCACAUGGAAAAAAGGCAUAACAAUGGAUUGAUAAAUUAGGACUUGUCUGAUUUUCUGGCAGCAGUCCUAAGUUUGAAUAAAUAUUACCCUUUUAUACAAAGGAAAUCAUCAGCUUCUUGCGAAAUCAACGUAAGAUAGAUUUAGAUGCCUUUGUCAAAAAAUAUUAGUGUUUUACCGGACUGACCCAUGGGUAAAAUAUAAAGUAAUUAUUUUUCAUUUGAAAUCAUUGUGUACUGGUCUGCUGAUGAGUUUCUGAGAAUUCCUGCAGGUUUGAUGCAGCCAUACUUCACCCAGAUAUUUUUGUAGAUGUUAAGCUAUUAAUUACCGGUCUCCUAUUAUUGAAAUCAUGAAUUGAUUAAUAUUUUGUUCAGUCUCAUGCUGCUUUUUUUUUACUGUGAACACAACUAAGAGUUGAGUUAAAUGUAUAAAGAUUUCUCAAAUUCAAACUUUGACUAGAAUCAAAAUAAUAACAUAAACUGAGUCUGGAAUUAAUUAAUUAGCAAUCAUGUAAGAAAAGUUUGAAAACAGUUUGUUAAAUAUUUUCCUAUACUAAUUGUUAUCUAUGUCAGUGGUUGUAAUAUUAUUAUAACUUGUGUCAUCAUAUAAUAAAUUCCACUGUUUCCUAUACAA